AGCCAAAGGUUUCCGGUGCGUCAUCAGUGUGAUUUUCCGGUGAAGCUCGCAACACGCAGACAUGCCUCUUGCAAAGGAUCUGUUGCACCCGAGCUCCGAGGAGGAGAAGAGGAGUCACAAGAAGAAACGACUUGUUCAGAGUCCUAACUCCUAUUUUAUGGAUGUCAAAUGUCCAGGUUGCUACAAGAUCACCACAGUUUUCAGUCAUGCUCAGACUGUAGUGCUGUGUGUCGGUUGUUCCACGGUGCUCUGCCAGCCUACAGGAGGGAAAGCUCGCCUUACAGAAGGAUGCUCCUUCAGGAGGAAACAGCACUAGGUUGAUCAGAUGUGGCUGGACACGGUUGAGAGGAAUGAACAGCACUUGAUGGACGUCAAGUAACACUGCCAUGGAGCUGAUGCAGCAAGGAGGAAAUGGAGAGCGGGAAUACAAAUCAUGUAAUAUAAUAAGUCUCUCUACAGAAUAUGCACAGAGAAAUGCUUAGUGUCGUUGAGAUUCCACCAACAGCACAUAUCCAUUGAUUCCUUUCACUUAAUAAACUUAGGUUGUGUUUUGGUAAAAUAAUCUUGCAUGUUUGUCAUCCAGUUUGUUCUUUUUGCCUCAUGAAGGUUCUUAGAUGUCAUUUGUUCAGUAAGAGACACUUGUCAGCUCAGGACCCCUUAAAAAUGUGCUGGUAAAGAGGACUCUGAGUCCGUUAAGUGUGCAGAUGUGUGGCCUUGGAGUUUAAGCACAAACAUUUAUAGGAAGGUGAGUAAGUACUAUGAGCCUUUCAUUGUCCACCAGUUGCUCGGCACUAUGGAUUUAUGCAAAUCUCCUUCUACAACACUAGAUCAGUUCUAGGAAAGGAGACACACUGUGGCUGAAAUUGCAAAUUACAUCCAAGAAACUGCCCUUAACUACAGCAUUACAAUGUUAAAGCUGCACUCUGCAUAAUUGGAUGAUGAUGGAUGUGUGUUACAGCUGGCAAUAAAUCCAGACACUAAAUACGUCGCCAGAGGCCAAGUUAAUGCCACAGUGAAGUCAACAUUUUAUUUACCACAGACAGUGAUGUCAUCAGUACCUGCUCCAAAGCCAGUGGUGUUGGUCCAGGGCCCGCUCUCACUCUGAGUGAGCGUCAAUUCAGGGAAAGUCAUCGCUGGCUCUGCUUCUGUUUCCUGAUGCUUGUAGGACACAGAACACAGUGAUGUGACACUAAAUGUCAUUACAAGUGGCUGUGAAUUUACAUGUGCUUGCAAGCUUCCUGUGAAAAUGAUAGUGUGAGAUGAAUUCUUGUGAAGUUGCAGAAACAAUCGCACUAGCUUGGUUGGAAAUACAUCAGCUGAAAUCAUUUGUGUCCUGCAGUUUACUCACAGCUUUGGUUGGCUUGUGGGCCAGUUGCACAGUCUGUGUGUGACUGCAUUGAAUUGUACAGUGAAUAAAGAAAUUAAUUCAGCACAGGGAGUGAAUGAUAACUUUCCUGUUGCUAUGGUGACAUUUUUCUUAUGUCUUGCUUGUAUAUUGGACACAGCUUACAAAUAAAUAAUGAGAAAUAA